AUGGCCCGCCUUUUUAACCUUUCCGCGCUUCUGGGUGUGAUUGUCGCCUUAGCCCCUUCCUCUGAGGGUGUUGCCACGGCGAAUAAGCAGGUUGAAGUGCCGCGUGAGCUGACGUACAACCUUCCUCAAACAUUUCACUCGGAUCUCGCCCAAGGGUUCCUCGGAGGCACAGUCACCACAUCUAAGAAGACUCAACGCCUACUCAAAGAGGCCUUUAAUGCCAACUUCGUUAUUUAUGAUGCCGAAUUCAAAGAUAUUCUUGGCAAAAACCCUACUCUCGAACUUGUUGCUCAAGAUGACGAGGUAGUUGCAUACGAAGGCGGUCUCUGGGUGGCUGACCGCGACGAGGUGUGGAUGACGAGCUCCGUUGUGGUAUACAACAGAACUUGGAUCUCGAUUCUGAAGUUGAAGGACAAUACGAUCCACACGCCUUCAUUCCAUGGGGACGACUUUGUUACACCAAAUGGUGGAUACUAUUUCAAUGGCACGGCAUACUUUGGCACGGUGGGAAACGUGACGUCUCCCGCUGGUGUCGUCGGUAUCAACCCCAGGACCAAGGAGGUUACUACUGUUGUCAACUCCUAUUUCGGACUCAACUUCAACUUUAUCGAUGAUGUUGCAUGGACCCGUCGCUGUGGCAAGAACUACAUGUUCUUCACCGACUAUGGGACACCAGCGGUGUUCCCAGGAGUUGCGAACAAGGGCAAGCUUCAAAUCGCUAAUGCUGUCUGGCGAUUUGAUCCUCAAGAUGCAACUCUGAUGCCAGUCAUCCUUCGUUCUGAAGUCGCAGCACCAAAUGGCGUUCGGGUCAAUGCGGAUGGGACUAAGUUGUUCGUGGGUGAUUAUUCGCUCACUUCAGUGAUCGGUGCAGCAAACGAAACCUUUGGCGGUCCGUCCGUUAUUGAGUAUGAUUUGGACGAGAAUGCUCGACCGGUGAAUAAGAGGCCCUUCUUCAUGGCUAGGGAUGCUGCUGUCGAUGGCAUCCAUCUUGACGACUUCGGAAGAGUUUGGACUGCUGAGGAUGAUGCUAUUUCUGUCCGCGAUAAGAAGGGCAAGCUUUUGGGAUCCAUCAACACCUGGAACCUGCGGGAGAAUUCAACAGUCCCUGUGGUUGCAAACUUUGCUCUGGCUGGGGACAGGCUUGUCGUGCUGGCUUCUACUCGCAUUUGGGUCGUAAAGCUCGGCCAACAGCUUGUCUCUGGUGGAGAUCUCAGUUAA